GGCGGGCGAUGGUGCUCAGCUCGCUAUGUAGCGAUGGAUCUUCCAUACCUCCAUCUCGUGUCAUUCUCGUUCUGUGGUAGCGUCCGACUCUCUUGAUACGCUUGAGGAUUCGGCGCCACUAGUGAUUCACGCUUGACAUACCGCGACCACUGCAACAUUAGACAGCACCAACCCUGCAUCGCUUGUCGUUUCUUUGUGAAGCGCACACAUCCCGCUUCGCCUGCGCAACUGCGAGCGAAACUGCAGUGCUGCGCUCGGUCAACCGCACACCGGGCUGCUUAAAGUGCGAAUCGAUCCAUCGUGACUUCAACACUCUUUCUUGCGCCGCUGAAGGCAGUAUCGCCCAGCUCUAGACACCUCUCCGGCGGCCCGGGUCGAUCCACCCGCAUAGGAACAUGUCGGGAGCUCUUGGCCCACCGCCUUCAUCGGAAGGUCUGGACGCCUUGCGAGCGGCCAGCAGCAGCGGCCAGGACAUUCAAGCUUCGUCAUCUUCAACUGUACCUAGCGCUAGCCAGGAUGCCGGUCCCUCGAGAGGCUCGACUCAGUUGCCUAGGCGAGGCUCUGUUCCGAGUGCCCCAAGCGAAAAACACCGACCUUCGCCACUCGCAGCCUCUGCCCAUGCCGUCUCUCCAGCACCAAUAUCAUCUGCAUCGCUGGCUGCAGCCAGUCCCAAUCAUCCAGCCAACCUGAGGAGGUAUGCAAAGGCCGAGCUGGACAGCAAAUUUACGCUCAAGAGUUACGUUGGAGCUGCAUACACGCUGUACGAAAAGGCGGAGAGUGAUUAUAGACAAAACGAAAUGGAACGAGCGUUUGUGAAUUAUUUGAAAUGCGCAAAAGUGGCCUCGCAGAUACCCAGACACGCGGAAUGGCCUAUGAUCUCUCGUGUGCGACAGGACGGAACACGGGAUUCAUUGUACAAGACUUAUCAGGACUUUAUGCAGAAAGUACCUGGCAUCAUAGAGAGGACGGAACGCAUCGAGAAACAGCUGCAAGCGCGAGAAGAUGCUCGCGAAGCAGCUCGCUCUGAUCAGGCAUCAUCAACAGCAGCGUCGCAGUCGCAGCCAGAGCAAGUGGCAAGCGAGAUAGAUGCAGGUCUAAUUGAGGGUCAGGCUGCAGCUUCUCACGAAGACGUCGAGCUGGUGAAUGGGGCUGGCUCUGCACCCAGGGAGGUGAACUCGUUGGCGGACCGUCUCAGCGCUCUGAGAUCCAAUGGCAUGGCUGCUGCUCGACAGGGGGACUCUGGAGUUGGUGCCUCGGGCCCGAGCUCGAAUCGCGCAUCAGCCCUACUCGCGCUUGGGAGCGAACAUGGACACAGACGAGAUCCUACAGACGGCGACGUAGCUUCCCGCUUGCCACGACCCGCCACACCAACGCAGUCGCCGCGGGCUCCUGGGGAUGAUCGGUCAGGCCUUACCAGCCCAGUGCUGCGGCCGAGCGAAAGCUGGAGCGCUCCCAGCAUGGGCUCCUUGAUGGGACGCAUCGACACGAGUUCUGGUCGGACAACACCGACUCAAAAGCAAGAGUCGCCGACAUCGGUACAUUUGCCGACUGUGAGCGAGUUUACGAGCUCCUAUCCUGCAUUGGAAGAUUUUGAAAGAGCUGGACCCAGCGAGCAUGAUCAGUCGCGCCACCAGAAUGGCUCAGCCACGAGCGCACCGCCAAGACCGCUUCCGCCUCCGCCAGUCUCUCACGCCGCCGGUCCCUCGAGGCCGCCGUUGCCUCUCCCUGCAGGGACAUCCGUCGCGGGAGAGUCUACCAGCAUUGGACGCCCAAAUGACGCCGAGCUUCCACCUCUUCCACGUUCGAAUCUCAUCACGGUGGAGGAGCUGUGGACACUCUUGCAUCCGGGCUUUGCAAGCGUCAGCGUGCCAGCGGCCGAGGCAGCUUCCGAAACCCCACCGCAAACGAGAAUGGUCCGGAAGCCGGGCCGCAGAGUGCUGUUGUUGGAUGUACGCAGCCGGCAGCAGUGGACAGAGAAACGCAUCGCGGUGCCAACGAGCGCAGGCACGUGUGUGCGCAUCGACCCAAUGUAUAUCAAGCAGGGCAUAUCGUCUGAGGAGAUGGGCAACAUGCUGGCGGCAUCAGGAGUAGACUCUGCACAGCGCGAAGCUUUCGAGAACAGGCACACUUUUGAUUUGGUUGUGCUGUGCGACUCGUACAGUCGCGGGCUCGUGCCGCAAUCGAAUCUCCCUCCUGCGGUCGUGGCUGCGGCGGAGAUUCUAAACGCGAUCAACACGGCAAUCUACGAGCGCGAAUUUGCAAAACCGCUGCGUCACCACCCGGUGCUGUUGGUCGGUGGCGUGGAAUCGUGGUCACGAAAGGUCGACGCUUCGUAUGUGGCAGGAAGCAGAGGGGCUGAUGCGGGAUCCGUCGAUAGUGCGCAGGCUGCGCACCCUCAACAGCGGCGCGAUAGCCAGCCUCGAGACGACGAUGCGAGACGACUGCGUCGGCAGGGCUUGAUAGUUCCUGAAGGCAUGGCGCCGCCCGCGCUGGCGAGCUCGACUGAGGGUCCCAAAGCCGACGCAGACCAACUGCCUUCUCGUUUAGCCCUUCCGAGCUACGCGCCUCCAUCAAUGCCUGUACGGGCUUACCAGUCGGGGUACAGCUCUUCGAACGGGCCUCCAUCCUACGCGCCUCCAAUGGGCGCCCCAGCUUUCCCGCCCCCCGCACCUUCAGCGGUGUCCUCAGGUCGCUCAUCGAGACAAAGCGACUACCACACGAGUCAGCCGCACAUUCCGUGUGGCGAUCCAGCGAACCAGCAUGCGACUUCGCGAGCCAGCGCCAACUUUGAGUAUCCGAGGUUGCGCAAUGGGCAUGCCGGGACCGUGCCGCCGCACGACGAGCGAUCGAGCGGACUCACACCGCCACCCGCAGCUGCUGCUAGCAACGGCAUGUCCUCUUCUUCGCGCGCGGCGCUGGCCGCUCAUGGGCACGGACACACGGGAUCGCUCUCCGUCUUGCCGACUUCGUUGCAGUCCGGCGCAGCUUCUCAGCACGCUGCGAGGGGCUCGAUGGAUCUGACCCGCAGACCGCCUCUCGGUGCGUUGGGCUCCUCGCUCGGGUCAAAACCUUCUUCCUAUUCUGCUGGCGCGCCGUCAUCGCCCUCUGCCACGCCGGCGUCUGCAAACGCGGCCAAGCUCAGCAACGACGUGCGCGUGGGCAUGACGGGAUUGAAGAAUGUGGGCAAUAGCUGCUACAUGAACGCCACUUUGCAGUGCUUGAGUGCAACUGUGCCUCUGGCGAGGUUCUUGCUUGACGGCUCGUACAAGCGCGCCAUCAAUCGCGUCAACCCUCUUGGCACGCAAGGAGCGCUGGCAGAAGCCUUUGCGCAGCUGAUCAGGGUGAUGUGGUCCGAGUCGUACACCUUUGUGUCGCCAGUGACGUUCCGCGAAGCGAUUACUCGAUUCGCACCAGCUUUUAGGGGCUACGACCAGCACGAUGCGCAGGAGUUUUUAGCUUUCCUCUUGGAUGGCUUGCACGAGGACUUGAAUCAUGUGGUGCACAAGCCUCCUCCCGUAGAAAUGACGCCGGCGCGAGAACACGAGUUGGAAACGCUGCCGCAGCAAAUCGCGAGCGUCAAGGAGUGGGGAAUCUACAGGCAGCGCAACGACAGCUUUGUUGUGGAUUGGUUUCAAGGACAAUUCCGCAACAAGCUGACUUGUUGCACAUGCGGCAAGACAUCGACGACGUACAACGCCUUUAUGUACCUUUCGCUGCCCAUACCGACGCCGCUCAAUGGCAGCAAGGGUCGCGUCACCUUGCAUCAGUGCUUGGAUGCAUUUGUGAGGGAAGAGGUGAUGGACAAGGCGGACGCUUGGCAUUGCCCUGCAUGUAAAAAGCCACGAAAGGCCAUCAAGAGGUUGACCAUCUCGCGCUUGCCGCAGAUCUUGCUUGUGCAUCUCAAGCGCUUCGCUUUUCGCGCAGGCACGGACAAAGUGCAGACGGCCGUCGACUUUCCCAUCAACGACGUGCUGGAUCUGACCAACUACAUGCCUUCGCACGCUGGCAUCUUGCCGCGCGGCGCACCGGUCAGCGCAUCGCAGCAGCCGCCGUACUUGUACCGCCUAGCGGGCGUCGUGCAUCACUUUGGCACGCUCAACACCGGUCAUUACACGGCCAGCGUGCGAAGUCAGGGUCAUUGGCACUAUGCCGACGAUUCGAGAGUGGUGAAGCAGCCCGACGUUCGACAGUUGCAGAGCAGCUCACCUUACAUCUUGUGGUUCAGUCGAUUGCCCAAUAGCUAAUGUUCCGCUCCUCUGUCCAUCUAGCACAUCUGCUCCUGUUUGCACUGUUUCACUCUUGCACGUCACCGUAGUGCCCCCCCC